AUGAGCUUCACUCUAACUCAGAACCUGCAGCCGAAGCAACGAUUCAAGGCCGAGCGGCCCCACGACUACAUUUACGAUCCACUGUAUGUGUUGUCUAGUGAGAAAGACCAUGCCAAGAUGUCCAUGAAGGCAUUCACAUCCACUAACAGAUUAAAAAAAAUAUCUGAUUAUAACGCCAUGUUCAGUAAUUUGCAGCAUUUCCCAAGGUAUUUUCUGCAACUGGACCACAACAACCCAGUCCCAAAAUUUAUUGAUCAACGCUGGAGAGGAUAUGAAGAGAAAAGACAAGAUGCUAUCAAGCAACUGGCAAAAUAUGACUCGUCUCUUAAAAUGCAGAUGCAAGUACCGCAAGAUCCAGAAGUGUGUGGCAGGGACCGGUACAAGUAUUUCACAAGACCUAUUAUUCCUUUUGUACAACAGUUGCCUGUGAAUGUAAUUCUGGAAAUGUCCAAGGAUGGCUCUCUGACAAACUGUGAGGAUCUUGAUUUUCAGACUCCAUCCAGGCGGACAGUAGGGGUGCAGACGGAUUACAGGGACAGUGAAACACAAACUGACCCAUACUCUCCAGAAUAUGUUGUGCGUCCUGGGUCAGCUCCUGAACUCCUCACACUGGCUGCAUUGAAAUUUGGCCGAGGUUUACCAGCAGGCUUAGCGGAAGUGGAAAUGAUACAACGUGCACGAGAAAAGCGGGCUUGGGAAGCUUCGCUACCUCUGCUGAGUGAUCACCGGCAACUUGAGAAAAGGAAGAAGAUGAUGGAGGAGAUGGAAAGAGAUGAAUGGGCAUUCCGGGAACUAGAAAUUGAAAAGCUUCAGGAAAUUCGACUAGAUGUUCUGAAGAACUUGUUAAGACAACGUGAAGCAAAGCAACAAGAAAUGAAUGUGAAACGGGUUGACGCUCAAUGGUCCAAACAGCAACAGAAAAAAGCAGCAACUGUAAAGAAGAUAAGACUGGAGCACAUCAAAGAAAUAAGAAAAUUAACAGCUAGGAGAAGGAAUGUGGAAGGGAAGCUUGAACGGCGUAGCCUCAUAAAAGACUAUGCAAAUUAUGGUUCGCAGGUUUAUGCACCUAUUUCUCGAAUUGGCCAGUUUCCAGACCAGAACUCAGAGCGAUUUGUUGUGAAAAGCCAUUUUCUAUCCACGUAUGAUGGUCUGCUAGAUUUGGAGGACUCGCUGCCUGAUUUUGUUACUCAACCACGUAUACGAGUUCAGAGACCAAAACUUACAACAAAGGAUGGCUUCUUGAAGUAUUCUGCUCGAAAGGAAGUGGAAUUGGCUAAGCUUCACAAGGCCAUACAGGAUGCAAAAUUUAAAGGAGAAAAGCUGGAAAAGCCUCUUCGCUUUUUGUUCAAGAUUAUUAAACCUGUUCCUCGUCCUCCAACACCUACAGUUGAACCACCGCCUGAGGGAGAGGAAGAAAAGGAACUAGCUGUCAUUUACCUGCAGAAAUUAAUAAGAGGAAGAGCUAUUCAGAAUAUGAUGUUUGAAGGCAAGGAGAAGCGUAUUGAGCUGCUCCAUGAACUUCGCACCACUCACGCACUCCAGGAGGACAGGCAGCUAGUGAAGGAAGCAGAAAAGCAGGCAAUAUUAGCCUUGCAGCAAGAACGAGACUUAAAGCAACAAAAGCAUUCCACAAUGGAAGACUAUCUCUCACACAUGGAGGGUCGUGUACUUGCAGAUAUGUUUGACUUCCUGAAUAAGGAGCUUCAGCGAUUACAGGAGGAGCGACGUAUUCAUGCAAUAGUUAUGUUAGCUGAGCGCCGUCGUCGGAUCAGAGAAGCAGAAGAGAGUGGCUUACGUCAAGUUGAGCAGAGGCGCAGAAGGGAGGAGGAUGAAAUUUUCAAACAGGUUAUUAAAGUGCACCAGACCACAGUGGACUCUUAUUUGGAGGAUAUCCUGUUGAAAUCCAUGCAAAAUACAGCAGAAGAUCAAGCACGCCAAGAGAUCCGUAAAAUGGCUGAUGAAAUCAAUGACAUUGCCUAUGAAAUGGAACAACACUGGACAAAUCUACAGGCAGAAGAGAUUGUUUCAGAAUUGGUCCAUGGCUUCCUUAUUCCAGAAGCACACAAAAUGAUGAUGAGGGACAGAGUAAGACUAUUCCAAAGUAGGCACCGACUUGCUGCCCACCGCAUUAUUCAUAAUGAGAGUGAACAAAUUAUAACUGAGACAAACGUUCCUAUGUCACCAUCAGAAGCAGCAUCAAGCAAAGCUGCAGCGGAUGUUCUGAACAAUGCAGUCACUGAGGUUGAAGAAAUGAUGAAACGGACGGAUGAAUCAUAA